AUAUGCAGCUCUUAUGUUAAGGCAAUAAAGAUUGGCAUAGUUAUCAAAUAACUAAUUAUAAUUAUUAUGAAACAACAAAUAAAAGUACUGAGUGCAAUCGGUCAUUUUAGCAGAUAUCGGCCAAGACAUCAUCCAUGUUGUUUAAAAACAUUUUCCAUUCAUAGCCUGAGUCGAAACAUUGUUCAUUCAGUUCCCAUUAGAUUGUCGUCGACCAAACAAGCUCGUGCAAUUCAACUUACAAAUAACACUUGUUUGAAUUUUUCAAAUUGCAACUUUAACUUUUGUGUAUUCGAAUAUCAACAACGAAAUAUGUCGUAUAAUCGAAAAGUUUCAUCUGAUGUAAACGCUUUCCAGGAUCAGCUCAACAGAGCAACUAAAAUUGUUGUUUUGACUGGUGCUGGUAUUAGUGCGGAAUCUGGUAUUCCAACUUUUCGAGGCGAAGGAGGUUUUUGGCGUAAUUACAAAUCAGAAGAAUUGGCUACACCAGAAGCUUUUGCCAAAGAUCCAGGCUUGGUUUGGCAAUUCUAUGAAUAUCGACGUCAAUUAGUUUCAUCAAAGGAACCAAAUUUGGCACACAAAUCAUUGUCAAUUUUAGAACAAAAUUUUAUUCGUGAUUCACCACAUCGUCAAGUGAUAGUUGUUACACAAAAUGUUGAUGAAUUACAUCGUCGUGCCGGAGCAAAACGUGUACUCGAACUUCACGGAUCGUUAUUCAAAACCAGAUGCACUCAAUGUAAAGCAGUCAAGACUAAUUUCACUAUUCCAAUAGUUCCGGUUUUGGAAAAUAUCAAAUUGGAUGAACCAGAUCGUCAUAUUGAUCCAAAAGAUUUGCCACGUUGUGAAAAAUGUACUGGCCUUCUUCGUCCACACGUUGUUUGGUUCGGUGAACAAUUGGAUCCAUUCGUUUUGAAACAAGCUGAAGGAUUGAUGAGUGUUACAGAUUUCUUGUUAGUCGUUGGUACCUCAUCUGUUGUUUAUCCAGCUGCAUCAUUAAUACCACAAGCAGCUACACGUGGUGUAACUGUUUCCGAGUUCAAUAUCGAACAGACUGCUGCUUCUGAAUAUGCAAAAUACUUUUUCAAAGGUCCAUGCGCUCAAACAUUACCAAAAGCAUUACAGAUUGGUGAAACAAUGAUUUCGCAUUGGGGUUAAAUCAUCAAUACACUAAUGAUCAAUGAUAAAACUGGUUCCAAGGAAUAAAUUUAUUCAUCCAUUUAUAAUCAUUUCAAUA